GCCGAGGACUUCAGUCGGGCGCUGGUCAGCAGUGAGGACGAUCCUAACCUGCCUAUCCACACUUUCCGAAUGUGGCUCACUGGCGUGGGCCUGGCCGUUUUCGGUGCCGUGUUGGGCAUGCUAUUCCAAUUCCGCCCACAAGUUAUCAGUGUCUCAGCUUUGUUCCUGCAGCUACUCGCAUAUAUGCUUGGCCGUGUCUUUGAGGCCGUGAUCCCAGGCCCCGGUAGUCGAUGGAACAAUGGAAACAGGUUCUGGAGGUUCAUGAAUCCUGGACCGUUCAAUAUCAAGGAGCACGUCGCGGCACAGAUUUUAGCCAACACCGCUGCCGCCGCUGCUCAAGCGUGUUUCGUAUUCGCUUCUGACGAUCUAUUCUAUGGCAUCACCAUUAACCCGGGCGACGCCAUCUUUACGCUUCUCGCUUCACAGUUGAUUGGGUAUGGGUUCGCGGGGAUGUUCCGCGCAUUCUUAGUGUACCCCACGGUCAUGCUCUAUCCGAGCGAUCUGAUUUAUGUGAACUUGUUCGAUGUGUUGCAUCGAUCGAAGGGACAGAUGUUGCAAGGAAAGAGGUUCCGGUUCUUCUGGAUUAUGACAUUCUUGAUAUUCGUCUAUGAGUGGUUCCCAGAGUACAUCGCACCCCUACUCGGCUCCUUCAACAUCGUCUGCCUGUGCGCGCGCAACUCGGACUGGGUGUCAUACAUCUUUGGUGGUGCCGAAGCCAACGAGGGUAUGGGCAUGAUGGGUUUCGGGUUGGAUUGGGCAAAUAUCACGAGUGCACCCUUCUAUCAGCCGUUGUCGACACAAAUUUCAACAUAUGUCGGAUGGGCGAUAAACUAUGUCCUCCUACCAGCUAUCUUUGCUGCAAAUGUUUGGCAUUCACAGAACUUCCCGUUCAUCUCUCAGGUCGAGAAUGGCACUAUCUACGACCAGACAUUGAUUUUGAAUGCGGACCAGAGUUUGAACAAGACGGCGUACGCUAUUGUCGGCCAGCCCUGGCAGAGCGGCUCUACUGUUAUCUACAAUCUAGGCCUGAACCUGUCCAUCGGCGCAACUUUUGUGCAUAUCGGCCUAUGGCACGGGAGGGAGCUGUGGUCUGCGUUCCUAGAUUAUUUGCAAGGCAAGCCAGUGGCAGAUCUGCACUACAAGAAGAUGCAUAUCUAUAAGGAAGUUCCCAUGUGGUGGUAUGGGGCACUUACGCUGGGAGCAUUCAUCACUGCUAUGGUUUGCGCGUACACUGAACACUCUGGGUUGCCUUGGUGGGCGCUCAUCAUUGCCCUCCUGUUCGCUGCGAUGGUUCUGCCUUUCUACGGAGCGAUGUGGGCGGUAGCUGCGUGGACCCCUGGGAUUACUAAUCUCUUCCAAAUCUUCGCGUCGGCAUUGAUCCCUGGAUCAUCUCAGGCGAAUAUGUAUUUCGAGCUAUAUUCAAGCCAGUCGCUCGUGCAAGCUGCGAGUAUGCUGGGCGAUCUUAAGUUAGGACAAUAUACCAAGCUCCCUCCUAGAGUCACUUUUGUCGUGCAGAUUGCCGGAACAGUAGUUGGGGCUCUCUUGAACUAUGUGAUUAUGCAGACUGUCGUGAAGAAUGAAAGGACAAUUCUGCUGAGUGACGAAGGCACUCGUGUGUGGAGUGGGCAGCAGAUCCAGUCCUACAAUGCGAAUGCCGUGCUUUGGGGUGCUCUCGGCAAGGAGGUUUACGGUCCUCACGGCCCCUACUUCAUUGUCCCUCUUGGCAUCGUGAUUGGGCUGGCUUUGCCUGUCAUCCCAUAUGUCCUAUACAAGAAGUAUCAUUGGUCUUGGUUGACUCAAGUCAACAUGGCGGUGCUAUCCGCAUGCAUCGGUGAUCUUGCCGGUGGUACAAACGGCUAUAUCAAUACGUGGAUGGUCAUUGGCCUCACGUCUCACUUUUACAUCCGGAAAUAUCGGGCUGGAUGGUUUAGGAAGUACAAUUACCUCUUCGGUGCAGCUGUGGACGGAGGCGCUCAAAUUUUCGUCUUCAUAUUCUCGUUCGCUCUUGCGGGAGCCGGAGGAGUCACCGUAGCAUUCCCGACCUGGGCCCUGAACCCUAUUGGCAAUGCUGAUUACUGCAAGGUGACUGAGCAAGAGGGCUAGGUUGCACGGCUUUGUAGGCCUAACAUCGAAGAAUUUGUGGUAGAACCUGAUAGAUUGUGUUAUUUUGCGCUCAUUCUAAGGAUUUCUAUGAAAUAUAA